AGGCGCCGUGGCUCGAAGCCGGAGCGGAGGCCGUCGAAUCUUCACCGUGACUCGGCCGGGUGAACGCCGGCCGCCGCCCAACAUGCUGCAUUCCCUGAACGCUCUCGCCGGCAAGAUAUCACCGGGUGGCGGCCUGGACACAAACGCGAAUAGGCACUCGCUGCCUAACAAGAACCACAAGCUGGCGUCACCGUCGUCGCCGUACUCCAAGCCCAAUGGGAUGAAUAUGAACAUCAACAACAACAACAACAACAGCAUAAACAACAACAACAAUGAGGAGAAACCUGACAUGCCUGAUCCCGAUUACAUCAAGAUGUUCGUCGGCCAAGUGCCGAGGAGUAUGGACGAGAAGGACCUCAGGCUCAUGUUCGAGGAGUUUGGUCGCGUGCACCAGAUCAACGUUCUCCGGGACAAGAUCACCGGAGCCAGUAAAGGGUGCUGUUUUGUGACGUUUUUCACACGCAAAGCGGCGUUGAAAGCGCAAGACGCUUUGCACAAUAUCAAAACUCUGAGCGGGAUGCACCAUCCUAUCCAGAUGAAGCCGGCUGACAGUGAAAACAGAAAUGAACGAAAACUCUUCGUGGGCAUGCUCAACAAGAAGCUUUCGGAGAACGACGUACGCGCAUUAUUCGCUGGGCACGGCGCGAUCGAGGAGUGCACGGUGCUGCGGGAUGCGCAAGGGCAGAGUAAGGGAUGCGCCUUCGUCACGUUCGUGUCUAAGCAGGCAGCGAUUGCGGCCAUCAAGGCCCUGCACCACAGUCAAACCAUGGACGGAUGUUCAGCGCCGCUCGUGGUGAAAUUCGCGGACACACAAAAGGAGAAGGAGCAGAAGAAACUUCAAGCGAUGCAGGCGAGCCUGUGGAGUCUCACCGCACCUGUGGCGCCGACCACAUACCUCGCGUCCGAGGCGGCACUGUCGCCGACUCAAUUGCAAUUGCUGCAGCAGAUACAAGCUGUUGGACUACAACAGCAGCUGUUGCAAGGGCAGGGCUCUACUUUAUUGCAAGGUGUAAACUAUCCAGAUAUCGGUUUCCCUGGCGCAGGGCUCGGCGGAGGCGCGGUGACCGGUGUGGGUGCCGCGGAACAACUCGGCGGCAUGCUGGCGCCGGUUUCAGUUCAGAAUCUGGCCGCACUGGCGGCAAUGGCGCCACCAGUCGUGUCGCAAGCGGCGCCCGCCGCAGCGCCGCAGCCGACCGCACCGCAGUUGUGGUCGGCAGCGGAACCGUUGAACUCUGCGUACGCGGCGCAAUUCGGCACAGCCGCGUUCGCUGCCGCGCCGCUCGGCUCGGUGCUGGGCUCGGCGGCGGCUGCGGCGGCCGGGAAGCAAGUUGAAGGACCGGAGGGCGGUAACCUGUUCAUCUACCAUCUACCGCAGGAGUUCACGGACACCGACCUGGCGUCCACGUUUCUGCCCUUCGGCCACGUUAUUUCGGCCAAAGUGUUUAUAGACAAACAAACAAAUCUCUCCAAGUGCUUUGGCUUCGUCUCGUACGACAACGCGCCCUCGGCCCAGGCCGCCAUCCAAGCCAUGAACGGCUUCCAAAUAGGUACAAAGAGACUCAAAGUUCAAUUGAAACGAUCAAAAGAACUAUCCAGACCUUACUAAUGCCGCGUACCUAGUGAAAAAUUCAAAAAAGGAACUAUCGCAAGGUUGUAAGAAUCUGAACGUUUGUUGUGAUGUAUCCGGUGCACCUGACCUUAAUAUAGUUCAUAAGAUUCUAAAACGGGAGUCCACGUGCACAGUUGUUAACUAAUAAGUAUAAGGUUAAGGUUUGUGUCAAAGGAUUAAUCGUUUCCAAAGUAUUCCCCAAAUUGUUUAAUAUUAUUAUUGUAAUGAUUAUAUUCUUUGAUAAGUUUUAGUCACGUUAAGCAUUAAGUUGAAUUCUUUUAGUGCCCAAUACAGUUUGAGGACGCCAAAGAUCAGGUACCUAUGCAUUAUGUAGGUUCAAAGAUGUAUGAUCCGUUUUUUUUUUUGGGGUACCAAAGUCGUGUGUAUACCACAUUAGUAUUCUAGAUCGUAACUUUGCGUUCAAAUAUCAAAAUAAUUAUUUUGUUAUUGCAUAUUUUUGUUUGUUCUUUAUUUCGUGUUACCAUUUUCAUAGUUUGUUUAUUGAUUUUGUCGUAAAUGUGGCCAUUGUCAGUGAAACAGUUUAGUCUUUCUUUUUUUUUGUAUAAAAAUAUAAGAUAUUAGAAUAAUGAAGUGAUCUCAAAGUGAUCAGUGUAUUGUUUACCUUGUUGUCAAUAGUGUACUUAACUUUGAAUAAUUCCUUUCUCGACGAACAAACUUAUUAAAAAGUUCGGUUCAAAAUGGCUAUGCGAUAUCUCAAAUGUUAAUCUUAAUUGUCGUAUACGUAAAUAAAUCGUCUACGAUUAAACAUAUGUGAUGGAACUAUAUCAAAACUUGAAGCUAUAAUUCCAAGAUGGGUGUGUUACAUACAUAUACGACUAACCAAAUACGUAAUUAUAUCUAAAUUUUCAUUUGGUAAACUCAUGCUCAUUCAAUAUGGCUUAAAUUGGCAGACAAAAAAUUUUAUUUAGUGAGACCAUCGAUUAAAUUAUAAUCGAUUGAUCUCGAGUAAUAACUUAAGUUUUGAUCGGGGACACUAUAUAGACAUGUUUCACUUUAGCCAGCAAUCAUUUUGCAACUUAAAGAAUUGAUAAUUUCUACUUUAUAAAAGCCUACUUUAUUCAUGAGAGAGUCUUAUAAUAUGAAGUUUGCAUGCGUCAUAUUAGUUAACAUUGAGAUAUCCGGCCACUUUUCUUAUUGUUAUUUAUUGUGUGUAUAUAAUCACCAAAGUCAACAUUCUAUUUGAUGUCACAUCGAACACUGGCGUUUAGUGGAAAAAUUUCUUUAGUAUAAGUAUUUAAUGAUAGAAUAUUUACUGUUUUCGUAAGCUUUCUGUAUUCAACGAUUACCUACUUAGAGAAAAUAUGUUUUUUGUGUAACAUUUUCAAAUAGUUUCUAAAAACCACUGGCACACUUUGGUUUUCUUUAGUAUUGUCAUGGAUAAUUUGUAUUUUUAACUGUGGAAGAUUCGGUUAUAAAAAUUAGUACUUACAUUAGAAUAAUUGAGAACAAUAACUGUUUAAUGUUAUUUAUUUAUAUUUUGUGUAGUCAAUGCUGAAUGUUCCUCAAGUGCUUGUUUUUCUGCAACUUAAAAAUACAAUCUCUAAACAUUAUUAUAAUUUUAAUAAGCACUUAUUUUACUAUACUUUGAUGUAUAUUAUUGCAUGCAUUCGGAUGAAGGCUCAAAAGGUGUUUCAAAUUAUAAGGAAAAUGUAGAUUAACAUUUAUAAUUUAAAAAUGAACCAUAUAUUUGUUCUGUAUAAUCUGUGCGACAUACGUAAUUUAAUUUGUGUCGUUCCGUUCUACUUGUCUUGUGCCAAUGCGUGUCACGACCGUUAAAAUUUAAAUUACGAAUCGUUUUAGUUUUAAAUAAAUGUUUACAUACUUUAUGUCUAAAAGAACUGAUGUAGGCAAUCAAUUAUAUAACUUAAUUAAAUUUAGUUGAGUAUUACAUUGUAUUUUAAAAAAGAAACAUUAUAGAGAUGGGUUUUAUGAUAUAAUUUAGUCAUAUUUUGAUGUCUUAUAAAAGACGAUACGUAGACUGAAUAAGUUUCCUUGUGUUAUAAGCGUCAACAAGUAUUGUCACCCCUCGGAGCCGAAUGGAUCGGAUCCAUUAUUUUUUUCUUUUUCUUUAUUCUAAGGUAUAAAUUAUUAUAAAAGGGUUGUAUUGUUAAAACAUUUGACAUUGGGAAUAUUGUUUAUUGUGGGAAAUGCGUAGUAAUCCUGGACACGGCCGUUGGACUAGCCUGUUUUUUAAGGUGUGAUCUAGAUAAUUGUCAAAAGUUGAAUUUAAGGCCAUUUUUUACCUACAUUUUCUAGGUAUCUUAUAUAGACGGGAAUUCAUGUCUGUAUGUUGUUGUCAGCUUGUGCUGGUAUUGGAAAUAUAUUUUUAAAAAUUUUACAGUAACAUAAUUGCCUUUAGACAAAGUCUAUUCACGAUCGUUGACAAGGAUUAUGUCUUAACUUUUUGUUUAACCUCCGAUUUAGAGAGAGAAAGAUAAGACGUAUGCCAUGUCAAAGUUUGUGAAUGAGCUCGAUAUUCUCAAACGGUAAAAAAAAAUUCUAAAAUAAAAAUUUCAUAUUUACGUCGAAGGAAUUGUCAUUAAAUAAAAAGAAACGUUAAAACUAUUACGCAAAUCAUGUUCCUAUGGAAUUAAUUUCAAAAUCAUAAUUUAGUUGCCAUCGGUUUAACGAAAUAAAAAUAUAUUUCUCAACAGCCAGCCUCAAUUGUAUAAUUGGUGCCAAAAGUGAUUUGAUGAGGUGCCCUUCUUCAGCACUUUUGUCGCCGACUGUAUUAACUUGUAACAUAAAAAUCGUUGUUACCAUAUCCGUUUGCCAUAGCUUUGUCAUAAAUAAUUUAAGAAAGUUGUUUCUUUAUGCAGAACUUUACAUGCUUCCCUUGCAUGGCUUCAAAUGCGAUAUUUCCUUAAAAAAAUAUCCAUUUUUUUUUUAUUACGAACAAAUUGUACCAAAUGUAUUAAGGCACUUUAUUCUUUUACGAUGGAGAUUUUUUGAACAACUGACAGUCAUUUGAAGUUAAUUUAAACAGAACUGUUAAUUGUAAUGUAACAACACUCACCUCCUCCUACUUAUUAACUAUAUGUCGCCAUUAUGGAGACCAGAAACAAACAUAGAUAAAGCAAAAUCUUCGACGCAUAACACACAAAAAUACCUAUUAUAGAAAUCACAGAUACUUUUUUUCUGCCGCGUUCCUUUCAUAAAAAUGUACCGAAAUAAACCGACAGCGCAAAUAAAAUUGGUCGUACAGAUCAUAUAUAUCAUAUUAUUAAACAACAAAUAUAUAUAACUUGCUAUAUUUUAUCUGUAUGCAGUUUUUAGAAUCGCAUUUAGCUACUAUAUUGGCACACGAUAUAACUACGACGGUAUCACAAAUCCAUAAUAAGGAUACAAAUUAAUAAUUAUUUUUGUGUGUUAUACGGCUAAGCCUGCAUUAUCAAAAAAAAAUUAUAUACCUAAUUAAUAUUUACAUCAUCAGUUGUUCAGAUAUUUAAAAAAAGAACUAUCGAGUCACGGUACCAACAAUGUAUCAUAUCUUACGCAGACGCAAAAUUAUUUUUACACUUUUUCGAAGCACAUUCUUUAGUAGCUAUAUACAAUUGGUAUGAAAAAAUUGAUAUAAAGAGCUGUUUUAUACAACACCCGAUUUGUUGAUAUGGAUGUAAAUAAAUGUCAAGUUAAA